AUGACUGGAAACAUAUUUCCGGCACGGUUCCAUGCGGGCCACCGGGAUCGGACCCUUAACACGAACUACAGACGGAAUGGCAAAUUACAGUCCUGUGAGCCGUGUCGGCGAGGCAAACUACGCUGCGAUCAUAUGAUGCCGACGUGUGGGCGCUGUGCUCGACGGAACAAAGCACAUCAAUGUGUCUAUCACCCGGCACCACUUACCAAGCGUACUAGUCUUCCUACACCGUCAACUGAGAGUGAUCCCAGAAGCCCUUCCAUCCCCUUGCAGUCGACAGAGUGGGGUGCUCCUACGCCUGUUGUCCACCCUCUGACUACGACAUCUCAGACAGAAAGCGCCAUAAACUCGCAGCCAUCUUACGUGGUGAACCCGCCAGCCGCGUUGUCACGGACAGCACGAGCAACCAGUCUGCCCGCCCAUCCCCGCUUAACAAUCGACGAACUCCGUCGACCCCUCCCUGAGGCGCACGUCAGAGGUGACUCCUUGAACAAGCUUCCAGCAGCAGGCUUCGUCCAUCAUACCGCUAUUCUCGAUGAGUACGAGCUGAGCAUUGGAAUUCAGCGACCGAAUGCAGAGGAUCCUAAUGCUUCAACAGUCAUAUCACCUCUUUACAUUGAGAGAGGCGCGGCUGUGCUGACACUUCUCAAAGAUCCAUCGAUCUUGCAACGUUACCUUGACAAAUGGUUCUCUUUUGGUAGAGGCAUCGUCCUAGUCGAACCAAUGAUCAAAAUUUUUACUUCAGGCGUGUGGUCAGUCUGGGGUAAAACCCUGAGGGACCAAAAUCCUAAAGAGCUUCAACGAAUGUCGGCACGAAUAUGGGAAAAUACGAUGAAGCCAGUAUCGCGGCUACUGCAUAGGCAUACGAGCCCUCGUGAGUUCUGUAGCGCAGUCACGGGCGAAAACCUCCGAUGGGAGAUCGUGGGCAUGAUAGUGACAUUAGUCGCAUUGUUGUGUCAGAGCUUAUCUGACGCCGAUCCGAUUUUCGUUUCGGAUAAGGCAUGUCUUGAGGACCGAGCUGCCAUCAUAUUGAGGACGCACAACGCGUCAGAGAUUUGCAUUGGAUUCUGCGAAGACUUCGCAAUUGUGAACGAUCUUUACUUGUGGUUCUUGUACGAGAACGCUGGCCUCUAUUGCUCACUGCGUAGCAGAGGAUCUUUCGAGAACUGGAAAAGAUCUGGCAUCCUCGCAACUGCUAUGAUAUUCUUCAAUCUACACCAGGAGAUCAAGGUGGACGAUAAUACUCCCUUCUUUAUCGCAGAGUUACGCAAACGACUCUUUGUAUGUGCUUACGAGAACGACAAAUACUCGGCAAUAUACAACGGGCGGCCUCCACGACUCACUCGAAGCUAUUGCAUGCUACAGUCUCCCCUCGACCUAACUGACGAACAACUCAUGUCAGAGGGCCCCGAUCUCGAGCUUGCAUUACAUAGUCUGGAUGACGAAGGCUGGAACUCAAGCGCACGAAUACAGCGAAGCACCUUUGCACGUUUGUUCAUGCCCAACUCGCUCCUUGCUGAGGAGAUCUUGGAGGUUUCAUUGGGGAAUCUUCCACACGAUGAGGUUAUCAGGCGCGCUGCCGAUAUCGAACGACGAGCAAUCGAACUUCAGGCCAGCCUACCGGAAUUUCUUCGCAUUGACGAUCAACCCUUCCUGGAGCUAAAGCGACCACCAAUCGAGCUGAUAUAUAUGGCAUAUAUCCGUCUGGACAGCCUGAACCACCAUUUUCUUUUGCAGCGGACACUCAUCAAGAAGAUAGGCGCCGAUAAUUCCAAAUUAUUGAGUAUUGCCCAGGAUAUGUUCAGUUUUGUGGUGCUCCUCGUGAACCACAUCAAUGUCCUGCGCGACUUUCAACUCGAUGUCAUCCAGCUACUGACCAUGGAUGGCAUCCCACCCGCGGCGAUCAUCGCGAUGGAGCUCCUGCAUCAGGACCAAAACCCUACAUCAGCUUCAGCACUGGCCAAUCCACUCCCACGGUCGAGGACGAUACAGGACCUGUCGGUAUUCGUUGCAUGCUUGGGAACCGUCAAGCCCUUUACGAACGGAAGCAACAGUUGCAUUAGAGGACGCAAGUUCUUAAAGAAGAUCCUCGACACAAUAUUGGAUCCACCACCUGUGCGCCUGACUACCGAUGACUCAAGUACUCAGAAUCUUAGCGAUCCGAGCUUCACGAGUCCAUUUCUCCAGACGGGUAACGAUGGUGAUUUCAUGAGAUGGCUCGACGCUAUGGACUUUGACUGCGAGAGCUGGGUGAACCUCGAUUGA